AUGCUCCCUUGGUGGUCGAUACCAGAAGCCCACAUCCCUCCCCUAGAUGACCAUCCCCCCAAGUCGUCGGAAGAGACGGCCGCCGGUCCCAUGAUCGCCCCGCCGCUCUCCGCUCCUCCGUCCGUGGAGGCUGUCGCCGCCGACGACCACCGCGGCCCCAUGCCUGCGCCGUUCCUCUACCCGCCCUUCCCCGACAUCAACGACGGCAGCAUUAUGGAGACGUACGACGAGCCGACAACAAAAACGUACACCGUCAACCCGUUCUUCCUCGGCUUGCUCCGCGCAGAGCGGCCAGAGCGAGUGGCGCGCACACACGAGCCCGCCCCGCCGAUCCCGCUGGCACAGGCGGCCACUGCUCCCGAUGACGACGACGAGGGGACAGACUCGCCCAUCUUCACGCCCGAGCCAUCACCUUCCCCGCCUCCUCCACCGCUCGAGCUUCCCAUGGUGUUACUCCCCACCACGGUCGAGGAGCCACAGACGCCUUCCCUCGCUUCCUCGCCGCCGACCGAGACGCCGAGUUUCGUUCUUGACAUGCCGAGCUCCCCCCUUCCCCGAGAGCAAGGCCACAGACCGGUGGUGUACGAUCCCUGGGCUCGAGACACUUUCACUCCCUUCCUUGAAGAUACCGAUGAUAUUGCCCACGACAGCGCCGAGGACCACAACGACGCAAUGAACGAAGCCGAGGACGACGACGAGGGGGAUGAUCAAGCCGCUGCAGACCCCAUGCCCGUCAUCCCCGUCAUCCGCAAGAAGCCUUUCCAGGCCCCAAAGCCUGUGACAACCGGACAGUGGCGUGUAGGCAAGACACCUGGUCACCAAGGCUCGCACUUACGUGCCAAGCGCAAGGCCGAGGAAGACAGUGACAGCGAGGACGUCUUCACGUCUCCAGCCAAAGUCCUCCGCAAGCCCUUCCGCCCCCCGACCCGAAUCGCGCCUCUGGCCCCAGUUCCUCGCGCAACCCCAGCACCCUCUCCCCAUUCGCUCGAAAAGGCGGUUGACAGCUCUCCACUGUCAGGUGCCACUGUGCCGUCGUCAUCGGCCGCCUCAUCACCCACCCUCCACCGCUCGCGCACCAUGCGCGUCGGCAAGCCCUUCGUCCCCCUCACGCCCGGCUCCAUGCCGUCAGUCGCCUCGCGCCAGAACUCGGGCGGCAAGUCGCGCCGUAAUCCCGACAUCGAGCUCUGCAACAGCUUGGAGGCCCAGAUCCGCACCCUCAAAUCAGCGCUCAAGUACAGCUCCAACCCCGACGAGGACGACCGCGUCGCGCAGCUCGUGCACACUUGGCGCGACGCCGGGCGUGAGGUCGCUGACCGGCUGUUCAGCUUGCUCCCUCCACCAGCUGAGCAGCCUGCAUAUCGUUCAGAGGGCUGGGAUUGGGACCGUCGGGGCUCUAAGGGCGGCGAACAUCCCGAGUCCGCCACCAAUGCCAACCUCGACGGCAACCCCUUGUUUGGUGACGACGGCGACGACUUCGAGCGUCUGCUUCGGGAGGCGUCGAGACCCAGAAGCGGGACCGAGUUUGGCAUCGACGGCAGUCACACCACACACCGCCCAGUGUGGCACAAAGGCGCAAUGCUCCUCCAGCUCGGCGUCGAUCCCGACCUCUUUGGCUGGAACGAGAGCGAGGACGACUGGGACGAGGUCGACGACUUGUAG